AUGCUGGUAUGGUUCUGCGGACCGUCAGGGCAGAAACUGAACGUCAAGGUCGGGGGGGAGGACACCACCAACGUGCUCAGAGCACACAUUGUUCUCCUUGUUUUGCAAACCAACACGACCCAUCAAGCUGAGCACUUCGGACCGAUCACGUUGUCCUUCAUUGCUGCUGCAAUGGUCCUGAUUUCUACUGUCAGAGCUCAGGGCUCCGAAGGGCGGAACCCUCUGCAGAUCAGGUUCGGGAUGGUGUGGCUGCAAGAUGGAGUGAAGUUGUGCGACAGUGGCAUCCGGGACGGCAGCGUAGUGCAUCCCGACUGGAAGUCGUUUCAGCAUGACAUGCGCUCAUCUGCCUUUGCUUACCUUGAUCCGGACUGGUGGAUCCAGUCGUCGCAGCAGCUUGUGAAUGGGAUACGCCAGCUCAGGUUGCAGAGCCUCCCGCCGUUUGAGAUGAGGAUGAUUUGGCCUGGCCCGCUGGUUCUACAGGACAAGACAUCCCAGGACAAGUGA